UCCAGUAGGUCGUGGGCCAGAGCCCAACGACUGGCUCGUUCUUCUUUGCUGCCUGUUCGCUGUGCGUAGUUGUUGGUGGCCUUCCCGAAAGGCAUCUGCCUUGUGUGUGCCGUUGCAUCGUGAAUCAAAAAAAGAAAAGAGUGCUGCUGCGCGGCCGUGUGAGUCGCCCCGAAGACCGUCCUGUGCCUGGCCCGGCCCGAGGGAUUCGUCGGUGAAAAAAAAAUUUCGAAAACAAAAGACACAAUCGGGGAGGUGCGAAGAAGCGGACGUCGUUCGUGAUCAAACGGCGCCAGCCGCCUCGGCUGCAGCCUCGUCGUUGUUAGUGGUGCGACGGCGGUGAAACCCAUCAAACGACCAUCGUCGAAAAAGAAAAAAGGGAGAGAGCCAUGGCAGAACGAGCCGACGAGUUGGACUCGUGGAUUACCAAUUGGGAGAGACAGUGCAUCGAGGAAGUCGAACGGGCGCCCGAUCUGGAGAGCCAGAUUCAGAACGAACGCGACACAUCUUCCCAAAAGCUGUGGCUCCUCUUUCAAAACUCGGCUACCUGCGUAGCGCAGCUGUACAAAGAUCGCCAGCACGGAGUGUCGCUGUGGGUUCCCUUCCAAAACGCUGCUUCGAGCGUCACCAAUCUCUACAAAGAGUGCCUGGAGGCCCAGAAGCGGGUGAGCGAGCUGGGCUUCCAGUCGGGCUACCAGCGCCGCACCAAGGACCUGCUGGCGUGGGCCAAGAAGCGCAAGCGCCACAUUCGGCGCGAGGACCUGCUCGCCUUCCUGUGCGGCAAGGCGCCCCACCACCACCACCACUACCACGGCUGGGCCUCGCCCCGGCCGCGCCUCUCCCUCGAGCCCCGGGUGGCGGCCACUGCGCCGCCGUCGUCUAGGUUGAGCCCUGCCGCCGCCGGGGAGCGCUCGGCCGUCGUGGGGGCGGACGAGGCCGACGACGUGGACCUGGACACGUUCCGCGAGGCGCUGGCCAUCUCGUCAGCCCUGGGUUCGGGCCGAGGCCACAGCGGAGGCAGCGUAUCGCCGCCCGGGUUCCGCAGUGCGGCCAGCCUGAGCAGCUUCAUCGCCGAGGAGUUUGCGCGCCACGUUGAGUCACGCAAGCGGACUGCUCCGGGAAGCGCGAGCCCCGGAGAUGUCGUGAUGGACUCGCCGACGCACAAACGGCCGCGCCUCAUCUGAGAUCUCCUCCCUCACCACGCGCCAAAAUAAUAAUAACAACAAAUCCCCUGCCGCCGUGUGCCGUCACAGGCUUUUUCUCCCACCUGCUUCAGACCAAGUCCUGCAGUUGUGCAGAGUCAAAAACCCGCUGCCAAAAAAAAAAAGUAAAUGAAAUAAGAAAAAAACCCUCCUUCGGGAAGGAAGAUCUCUUGAGCAUCGCUUGUCGUCGUCUGCUGCAAAACAGUGUCGUGCAGUCGCAAAAAAAAAAUGGAUGUGGUGAUGGCGGUGUGUUGAGAGGUGGUGGUUUGUCUUCGUCGAGACUGGUUCGUGGAGGACAUACGUUUUAAGCGACUUCGCAGAGGUGGCGUUUUGCUUUGCACGGCCACCGCCUUCGCAAGACUGCGCAUUGGCUGCCAUCGGGCGUGGACAUCGUGCAGACAGCCAGGAACUGAGGAUGGACUCCAACUUCAUUGCUAGCUGCUCGGUGGUUUGAUGGGACUGAUGCGGACCGCAGCAUCGACGGACAGUGUUCCGGCAGGAGCCUCGCGGGUAUUCUUGCGUCUUUCGCAGAGCCCUGUGGCAUGAAGCAUUCGGCUAAAGGGAGUCCAGACGGAAACUCGGCGAGGCCAGCGCUGGGAUCGACAAUGCUGCUUCGUCCUGCAACCUCUGACCGCUCGCCAAAUGACCGUGCCGCACGCUGCGAGCCCGGUUUCUUCUACGUGGCCCACUGUCGGUCCAUGCUUCUCAACAGUACACGUAUUGUCGCCCCGAUGUUGGCUGUGCAUGCAAAGUUAACUUGCCGGUGGUGACUGGAUUCAAGGGGUUGGGGUGGGUCUCGAGCAGACUCGCACAGACUCUUGUCAGAGGUAGCAUAGCGCGAAGAAGUGUGUGACGGCAACAUCUGCGACUGGUCUUUUUCUUUUCGUCUUUUUUUUUCUUGAGCCAGGUGAAACAUAUGCACCUUGAAAUAAGAGUUGGAGAGAGAGAAAGAAAAGUGUUGGCAGUGUCAUGAGAGUUUCUAUUUUUCUGUCAUUGCUGCCACCCAGCCUCCGAUUUGUUUUGUCCUUUUGAUAGGCAGUUUAAUUUACGUCGUAGGUAUGAUGGUGGGAAAGGUGCAACGAAAGGAGCAUCCUUUCUUUUCUGCCUGAUCGUGUGGUCGGGCGACCCUAGGUAGACUGGAGCUCGCAAAACGCGGGACUGUAUUAUAAUAAGAGGAAGGGUGCAAACAAGUGAAAGUAUAACGACUGUGCUGCCUUUUCCAAGCUUCGCUAGAAAGAAAAAAAAAAUCGAGGCACUUUACACAAGCCCACCGCUUCCUGCAUUGAUAUUGGAAACAAAAAAGUGUCCGACGUUAUGCAAGACAUGUCGUAUGUAGUAACAGGCCCCACGUAGUAGUAGCCCCCACUUGUGUGUUUUUGGUCUUUUUGUAGCGAUAACUUUUUUUUUAAGUAUCUGGACGUAUCGGUCCCAGGUCAUGUGCAAGGUUUAAAAAAUUUCUAAAUGUAGCCGCACUACCGCGUUUAAAAACAUGCCAUUACGAUCUUAGGUGAUGCUUUUCCAAAGUUGAAGAUAAAGUAAGGCCACCGCAAGCAGUGUUGGUUAUCAGAUGGAGGCAAUAAGAAGACUGUUGCAGAUAGAUUGCGAUGUGGUGUUUGCUACGACCCGGUUCAGCUGGAAUGAUGCGGCAAUAUGUCAUUGUAUGCAUUUUGUUUUCCUUGCCUUACCGCUGGGUUCAUGUUCCAGUUUGCAUUUUUGCCCAGUUUUGUAGGAGAAAAGAAACUUUUUUUCGUUGCGUCGUUGCAAGAUCUUGAUUUUCACCGAGGGUCGCAAACCUUGGGUCCUGCUUUGAUAGCUGGAGCCCCUAUACAUUUUGUCGCUAGCUGUCAUUUUGUCUGAUUUAUUAGCAAACAAACAAAUGUUCUUUUUUUGCUGGACUGGCUCUCGACAAGUGCGGAGAGUACCAUGGUUGUAACCAUAUGCAGCCUGGUAUCGCACUGUACGAAUGACCGGCGAGUAGUUGAUAAGUAGUCGAGUUGGCAGUUUUUUGAAGAUGGAGGGUUGCUGUUCACACUCGAGAGAAAAGUUACAGGAGCAUCCAGUCGCCUCGUUUUUAAAAAGAAAAAGAAAGCUUUGACGGGCCUGUUUGGACACCAGAGCCAGCAAAUUGUCAUGCCGUCUAGAGCGAGAUUUUGGGCUCUGCCACGACCGGCCCACCUCGCAAGCACCGAAUUUGUGGUGGAUGGAAGUCGCGAUUUGCCACUGUUUUUUUGUGGUUCUUUACACAGCUUGUGUCGUAGCAUUGUACAGACUAUUCCUCACUCUUUACUAUAUAUAUUUUUUUUUCACGCUUCUGUUUCACUUAUAGAGCUGUGUUUAUUGCUCUGAGUCUGAUAUUUACUUUUAUUUUUUAGAUUUGUUGUUGUUGUGAAGGAGAGUAGGAUUUUGUUGGUGUGUGAGUAGUGUCUUGUUGCGGCAGUGGGAUGUCAUCGAAGUGCUGGCUUGCGUCUGCGAGCAUGUCACAUUUUCCCUGCUCAAAGGUCAAAGGCCAGGUGCGUCUAGCAGGGGGCCACUUUGAAUUGUCGAAAAAAUGUUUUAACCCCCCCGUAAGAAGGGGAGGGGGGGGAGGGAUUGCGAGAGAAGCUGUCAAAUGACAGACCACAUCAGAGAAAACUACUACCUGGAGCUAUAUUCCAUUGAGAAACAAGAUGACCAAUAGCUUGCUAUAAAUAUGGGACAACUUAUGAAAAAAGCUGCCAGCUAGGAGUUAGUGGUCGAGGGUGCAAUGUGCCUUGUUCAGCGAGAAGGUAGCACAGCUUAGCAAUACCAUGUAGGUCAACAAAAAGUGCCCCCCCCCCCCUCUUCCGAAGUUUGCAACUUUUUGUUUUUCAUUUCACUCAGCAAAGUUGCACUGAAAAGUUCUAAAUGUAACUACAUAAAUAGGAGGGCCAAGCAUAGACGAUUCUUCCAGCUAAAGCACUGGCUUGUUCAAGCUCGAAUUAACACAGCUGUGGCUUACUGCAGUGCAUACAUUUUAAUACUGUUUCGCUGCGUUGCCUGUUUCUUUAAGAAUAGACCAGGUGCAUGCAAUUGCCUGUUGUGGUGCAAAAACAAAAAAAAACGCGUUCGAAAAGGACCAGUGGCACCAUCUGUUAGGCAAAACAAGCUGUCCACCAUGCUUUGGAAUUUGGAAUGACCGUUUCACUUGACACCCCAUUUGUUUACACACCAUGAAAGGUGCACUGGACAUGUGAAUCACUUGCAGGCCUCACCGAUGCCCCCAAAAUACUGCGGGAGAACUAGCAAGCGCCAUUAGGAGCAGCUUGAGAAUGAGGCAGCAUGUAGCAGUUACUUUGAUGGCUUCCUGCGGCUGGUGAAGAAAACGGUUGAGAUGUGCGAGUUGCCAGCUGCAGUAAUGUUGGUACAGGUUGUGUUAAGGUGCUGCAGUAGCCGAACGAGUGCAAAAAAAAGUGUUUUCAUUUGUUAUAUAUAAAGAAGACAGCAACUGGGGUCUCCAUCUAUGGAGCACUUCUUUGUGCGUGUAUGCAUGUAUGUGCAAGAGCUUGUAAUUGUCAGAAAACAAACUGAGACGUGAUGAGACAUCCAUGUGAAAUGUGUUAGGUUGCGUAACCACGCAUUGGCAUGUUGUAUGGUGCACGACACCCACGCCGUAAAAAUCUUGGCCAAAAUGUGUCCUGCACACUAAAAUGGGGACUGCGCGGUGCAUGCUCCAGCUAUGAUGACGAAGUUGCGAUUGUUCAGCGUGAAACAGUUGCGUUGAGGUCAGUGGAAGCGAUGUUAAAAGCGCGUCAAGAAAUAUGUUCCGCGUAGUUGCCACGGAUCAGGCAUGACUUGCUGGACUUGUGCAUGGUUAAUUCAGUUUGGGAUAGGUUUUAGUGCCUGUGAAAGGGGGAGUGGGACUGCUUGAAAGUAUGAUUUUUGCAUUUUAUACAGCAGUAAGAAGUUUCUGGCAUGUCAGCUGGAAGAUGAAGCAGCGGUCGGUGUUUCGUUCAUGCUCUUUCCUGUAUCUCGGUUGAAAAAAAAAAUAUGUGGGACAGAUUGCUCUUGAUGCCUGCUACCCUGAAUUGCAGCUUCAGUUGCGAGUGUCUCGUGCGCUUGUGGUCUUCCUGAAAUUGGAAGUUUCCUGCCACGCAUUUGAAAGGGAACAAGGUUUCGGCCGUUUGGCUGUUGGUACAGGCAUCAUUUUCACCUUGCCAAAGCAACCUUUCAUGCAUGUCAGCUGGCUGUUCCAAGAAACCUGGCCAAUCUUGGUUGUCCGUUCUUUCUCUUAAUUUCUGAGAGCCUCGUGCAGUCUCGAUGCUUCCGUGCCGUUACCGCAGCUGGCAACCUGGUGCUGCCAAAAGAUUGUGUCUGUUUGUGUUCCCAUCAUCGCACCUUCCUGUUUGUUGGGCCGCCAAAGAGAUGCAGUUGCGCAGAGUUCUUGUUAUGUUUGAUAGUGUGCCCAUGUGCUUUUUUUUUAUGUACGGGUCUUUCUUUGUGCAUAUUUGUACCACACUGUCGUUCAGUUUGGCUUUGUUGGGUAGGCUUUGAUGCUGCACUCCAACAGCUGAUGAUGGCCGAGCUGUGCUCUUAAUAGGUAAUUGCACCGGUUGCAGUGCUAGUAGUUUCAUGCGACUGGUGAGCAGUUGCAAAGCAAGACUGCCAUUAAUAGCCGUGUGUCGCAACACUUUGCAAAUGAUUGGCAAGCAUUUGGUAAGGAGGGCUUUGUUAUUAAUAACCCAUCGCAGCACUUGUCAGCAAAUGAUUAAUGAGCAGGUGGAAAAAAAUGCUUUGCCACUAGGAAUGAUGUAUCUUGCCACACUGAUGGCAAGCAAUCAGUAAGCAAGACUGCCUCUGAUAAUUAUGCCUGUUGCGAUGCUGGUAGUCGGUAGAUAAGCAGACUGUCGGUGAGCAGUUGCGAAGCACGACUUUGCCAUUGACAUCCAUGCAUUGCAACACUUGGCAAAUGAUUAGCGAACAGUCGAUAAGCAAGGCUUUACCAUUAAUGAUAACGCAUCACAGCACUGGUUGUCAGCAAAUGAUGAGCGAGUAGUUGGCAAGCAAGACUGUCGCCAGGAAUGCCAUAUGUUGCAACACUAAUGGGGUCGACAAAUGUUGGCAAGCAGCCGUAAACAACAUUUUUCAACAACACGUCACAGCACUGGCGGUUGACACGAUUUAUCAGCAGUUGGUAAGCAAGACGUUGCCACUAAUAAUGAUGCACAUUGCAAGACAUUGCAAGCAAGUCAUCGGUGAGAAAUCGGCAAGCAAGGCAUUGCUGCUAAUAAUCGCAUUUCAAUUUAGUAUUUGGCGAAUGACUGUCGAGCCUCUAGUAAGCAAAACUUUGCCUUAGAACAAUACAUGGCAAAGAGAAUAAGGAUUCCUGGUUUGAAGAUAGGUGCAGAAAACACAAGACACUAGAAGAACAAGAUUGACGAGCUUGUGCCAUUCUUCUCACUCCUGUAGCACCUUCAUUUUUUUUGUGUGUGCCUACCUUUCAAAAUGGUUCAUCAGGACUUUGCUGUUGAUAAUGAUGAAUGCACCUGCAUCUCGUGUGUCUACUGGGAGCUGACCGAAAUGUGUAGAAUUGGCACCUGCUGCCACUCUUGUACUCUCAGUGCUUAAAGUAGUAGUGUCGCACUGUUGAUUCUCUGAAAUUUCAAGCCAGAAUUGUACUUGCACGGAGGUUUGGUUCGUGUGACUCGCAUCUGUGCAAUGCAGCACAGUGCAGUGAAAGGCUCUUUUAUGUUUGGCCAAGCUGCACCCAAAGCUUAGCCUCAGUUUGGAAUCUCAUUUUCGCAAGCAGAUUUUGAACAGGAAUGAUACAUGGAAGUGAUGCCCAGGGCUAUUUGAGGCUUUGUCUUUGGCUCUUUUAAACAGUGUUGCGCACCAAACAACCCUGGAAGCCUAAAAUCUAAAUUUAACUGCCAAGUGUUUGUCAUUUUGGAACACCAGCAACUCCUGCCCUUGAAGGCAUUGUUGGAAGCCACACUUGCCCACAACUUGUACGGAUAGUAUUCCCUGCCGGUUAUAAUAGUUUUCAAACGUGAGGAUCAGCAUUGUUGCAGCUUUUCCAAUCUGAUGGCCUUGGAAGUGAGGUUGUUCCAAUGUAGCUCAUGGGUUGGUUGGGAAAAGUCCUUGUGUGGAAGGUUGAUCGGCCCACCUGAGCUGGUUUUGUCUGGUUGCUGCCGGAUUGGAGGAGCACUUAUUUCCGGUGGAAAAUGGGCUAGCGCGAUAUGUGAAAUACAUACACUAAACAAACGCGAACGCCUAUUUUGAAAAGCGUACGAAUGAUGCUGAAAGUGUCUGCUCGUUCAGCAGUAUCUCCCUUUCCUUGAAAGCAGCGCCGAACACAGUUCGGCUUCGAAGACAAGGUGCCUGUCACUUGCUCACAAAGCAAUGAGAAAUAAACUUCUGACGUAGGUCUGUCUGCAGUCCCACCGCCGAGGACAACGUGCUCAAUUAAUGCAUUGGACGUGCUGCCGACACAUUCGUUGGUCACUGUUUAGUUGCCUCCUCCUGUCCUUGCCAAGAUAUUAUAUGCACUAUUUCUCGAUGCAACUUUUCCACAUGCCCUUCUUCCCUCGCCCCAUCUCUUGUUGGAAUUAUUCUUGUAUAUUUUGUAGCAUCACAGCCGGGCAACUUGUUUUGUCCUCGGCCGACUUCGAUAUGUUCUUGUUUGUUUGUGUUUUCACUUUGACAGCUGUGUACAGGCCGAUGUUAUGUCAUGCUUCUGUACAAAUACACGAGUGCUUGUCGGAGCCAA